AUGGUCAUGAAACACCCUCAAAUACUUCACUACAGUAUUGAAGACGGAUUACGCCCCAGGAUCAAUUUCUUGAGAAGUAUUGGGAUGUGCAACUCUGAAAUACUGAAAUUAUUAACUAGCCUUACACAGGUAUUCUCUCUAUCAUUGGAGGGAAAUCUGAAACCCAAAUACAUGUACUUGAUCUAUGAACUUAGAAAUGAGGUCCAUUCCCUGACCAAAUAUCCAACAUACCUAAGCUUGUCUCUCGACCAGCGAAUUCGACCCCGCCAUAGGUUUUUGGUUUCCUUGAAGAAAGCUCCGAAAGGACCAUUUCCGUUGAGUUCACUAGUUCCAACUGAUGAAAGCUUUUGCCACCAGUGGGCAGGAACUAGCUUAGACAAAUAUCUGGAUUUUCGGGAGAGAUUGCUUCCCAAAGAGUUUGCAAAGAAUAAAUUGAGAUACAUAUACUCUUUUCCUAGAAGCACAUUAAGGUGUAGCAGAGUACUUUUACUAACUUCUGUUGAUUCCAACAAUCGAACGUCAUCACUGGAACCCAUCAUAUCAAGGUUUGUUAUUUGA